ACAAGAGCGACUCUGCAGCUGCUCUUCUCCCGCUUCCUUCCUGUUAGUUAGCCUCAGAGAUCCUCGUUCCCCGAUAAUGGAUUUGGGAAAACUGAUCCAGCUGUCUGCGCUGCUGUGCCCAUUUCUUCUAUCAUUACACUUUAGAAUCGCUGGGGCCUCCGCCCACAUCUACUCUUCCCAGCCCUUCCACGAUGUCGGUAAUUCUCUCCUCCUCUACGGUGGCAGCGAGGGCAUCUUCGCCUCUUCCCGAUCUUUAAUCAGGUUUGAGAACAUCACUCUCUGGAGGACAAUUACCGGUAAGGGCCACCGCAGCAAUGGGUUAGUUCAAGCAGUGAUCUUUGAAGCCUCCGAUCGUAACAAUAUCGGUGGUUCAGCUUACGGAGGCCAAAGAUCUAUUUGCUGCACUCCAGAUCUGGCCAAGCUUCAAGGCUGUAAGCAGGGUGAGAUCAUUAGGAUUCCUUCUCCACAUGACCCUCAAUGGCCUAUCCUCUUACCUGUCCGCUUUAAAGGAAAACGCUCGUCUGCUAAGAUGGCAGACACUGAGAUUCUUAUCACCAAGACUGGAAUCUAUAAUCUCUUAUUCAUAUCUUGUGAUCCACAACUUAAGGGCCUCAAAAUGACCGGAAAGACUGUUUGGAAAAAUCCCGACGGCUAUCUUCCUGGUAGGAUGGCUCCACUCGUGAAUUUCUAUGUCUAUAUGUCUCUCGCUUAUUUGUUGCUCAGUGCCGUCUGGUUCUUCCAGUAUUUGAGGUUCCGGAUGGAUAUAUUGCCACUUCAACAUUGCAUUACUGCCGUCAUUCUUCUAGGAUUGCUUGAGAUGCUCUUUUGGUACUUGGAUUAUGCUAAUUUUAAUCACACGGGGAUGAGGCCUUUAGCCCUUACUACAUGGGUUGUUACCAUUGGUGCCUUGAGAAAGACUGUUUCCCGCAUUCUCAUUCUCUGUGUUUCCAUGGGAUUUGGGGUUGUCAAAUCUACUCUUGGUGGUCUCACUUCUAAAGUCCUCCUUGUUGGAGUUACUUACUUCAUAGCUUCUGAGAUCCUUGAUAUUGCUGAGCACGUUGGCAUCAUUGACGAUAUGUCCGGAAGAUCAAAACUUUUUCUUGUCCUUCCUGACGCCUUCCUCGAUGCAUUUCUCAUAUUGUGGAUAUUUACCUCUCUUUCGAAAACACUGGAACAGUUACAGAUGAAAAGGACCUCGGUGAAGCUGGAAAUUUACCGCAAGUUCUCAAAUGCACUCGCUGUGAUGGUUGUUGCCUCUGUUGCGUGGAUAGUGUAUGAGGUGUAUUUCAAAGCAACAGAUCCAUUCAAUGAACGAUGGCAGACUGCUUGGACUAUAACUGCCUUCUGGGAUGUUAUCGCAUUCUUGUUGCUAUGUAUUAUUUGCUAUCUCUGGACCCCCUCGCAGAACUCCCAAAGGUAUGUUACAUCAACUUAAAAGGUUUUGAUACCUCUCGGGCAUACCAACAAAUAAGCAUGGUUUUGUGGAAACGGUUUCAGCUGAGCAUGUUGUGGGAAGUCUUGGCUACAUGCUAGUGAUAUGCAUAUUCGGGAGACGUGGAUGAAGAAAACGAGGAAGCUCAAUCUCUGACAGGGGGGAAGCAAGAUGGUGAUAUUAGCUUAGUUAAGCAAGAGAAGAAUGCGGAGUCGGACAGGGAAGAAGAUGUUGAAGAAGAUAAAAGAGAGUGAGGAGAGUCAGUAUAGAAACGACGUGGCAUCUGUGUUUGAUCAAGAGUUGACGAAAAUAUAAAUAUCAGCAAGAGGUCAGCUAUAUAGCACAAAGCAACGACGUAAUACAUAUAUAUGAUGUAACUAAAGGAUAGUAACUGUGUGUUUGUAUUUGUUUGUUUUUUUAAUAUCAGAUCCAACAUUUUUUGAGUCAUCUCUAACCCUUGUCUGAGUGUGAGAUUUGCCUAAAAUUGCUGUAAA